AUGUCGAGAUCCAGUCUUUUUAGUUUCACUUCAGUGAUCUCCAAAACGGGAACCUGGUGUUUGCCACUAUUCCAGUUGGUGCUCUCGGACCCACCAUGUGAAGAAAAUGAAAUGUACAUAAACUAUAAAAAUCAAUACCCAAAUGAUUGGUAUAUCUGGUUCUUGCUCCUAAUUUUCCUGGUGGCUCUGCUAUGCGGAGCAGUGCUCCUCUGCCUUCCCGGCUGGCUGAGGAGAUGCGGAAUCGGUUCCUCAAGGCGCACCGUGGCUGUUUUUGCUGUCGGCGACUUGGACCCUGUUUAUGAGCUGGGCCCUUCAGCCUUGACAGCAGCCAGCAGGUCCCCUGCCUUCCUCAGAAGACCUGGAGGGACAGAAGCAGCUGUGAAUCCAGCUGUUGGAACUCACCUUCCAGCUCAAAACCCUGAACUGUAUCAUGUUUCAGGUUUCAACACUUUAGGAGCUCCUCCUCCAUAUGAAGAAAUUCUGAAAUCAAGCCAACUUUAG